AUGAAUCAGAAUUUUUCUUCUAUGAUCGACCGAUAUAAACAUCAACAACUCCGAAUUGGAUCAGUUUCUCCCCAACAAAUAAGUGCUUGGGCCAAGAAAAUCCUACCUAAUGGAGAAACCGUUGGAGAGGUGACAAAACCCUAUACUUUUCAUUACAAAACCAAUAAACCGGAAAAGGAUGGAUUAUUUUGUGAAAGAAUUUUUGGACCUAUAAAAAGUGGAAUUUGCGCUUGUGGAAAUUAUCGAGUAAUUGGAAAUCAAAAGGAGGGCCCUAAAUUUUGUGAACAAUGCGGAGUUGAAUUUGUUGAUUCUCGGAUACGAAGAUAUCAAAUGGGAUACAUAAGGCUGGCAUGUCCAGUAACUCAUGUAUGGUAUUUGAAACGUCUUCCUAGUUAUAUCGCCAAUCUUUUAGACAAACCUCUUAAAGAAUUAGAGGGUCUAGUAUACUGCGAUUUUUCUUUUGCUAGGCCCAUCGCUAAAAAACCUACUUUCUUACGAUUACGAGGUUCAUUCGAAUAUGAAAUUCAAUCCUGGAAAUACAGUAUCCCACUUUUUUUUACUACCCAAGGUUUCGAUACAUUUCGAAGUCGCGAAAUUUCUACCGGAGCAGGUGCUAUUCGAGAACAAUUAGCCGAUCUAGAUUUGCGAAUUCUUAUCGAUUAUUCGGUGGUAGAAUGGAAAGAAUUAGGAGAAGAAGGCCUCACGGGUAAUGAAUGGGAAGAUCGAAUUGGAAGAAGAAAGGAUUUUUUGGUUAGACGCAUGGAAUUGGCUAAGCAUUUUAUUCGAACAAAUAUAGAACCAGAAUGGAUGGUUUUAUGUCUAUUACCGGUUCUUCCUCCCGAGUUGAGACCGAUCAUUCAGAUAGAUGGGGGUAAACUAAUGAGUUCGGAUAUUAAUGAACUCUAUAGAAGAGUUAUCUAUCGAAAUAAUACUCUUACCGAUCUAUUAACAACAAGUAGAUCUACGCCAGGGGAAUUAGUAAUGUGUCAGGAAAAAUUGGUACAAGAAGCCGUGGAUACACUUCUUGAUAAUGGAAUCCGCGGACAACCAAUGAGGGACGGUCAUAAUAAGGUUUACAAGUCGUUUUCAGAUGUAAUUGAAGGCAAAGAGGGAAGAUUUCGCGAGACUUUGCUUGGCAAACGAGUCGAUUAUUCGGGACGUUCUGUCAUUGUUGUUGGCCCCUCACUUUCAUUACAUCGCUGUGGAUUGCCUCGCGAAAUAGCAAUAGAGCUUUUCCAGACAUUUGUAAUUCGCGGUCUAAUUAGACAACAUCUUGCUCCGAACAUAGGAGUUGCUAAGAGUAAAAUUCGGGAAAAAGGGCCGAUUGUAUGGGAAAUACUGCAAGAAGUUAUGCGGGGACAUCCUGUAUUGUUGAAUAGAGCGCCUACUCUGCAUAGAUUAGGUAUACAGGCAUUCCAACCUAUUUUAGUGGAAGGACGCGCUAUUUGUUUACAUCCAUUAGUUUGUAAGGGAUUCAAUGCAGACUUUGAUGGGGAUCAAAUGGCAGUUCAUGUACCUUUAUCUUUAGAGGCGCAAGCGGAGGCUCGUUUACUUAUGUUUUCUCAUAUGAAUCUCUUGUCUCCAGCUAUUGGGGAUCCCAUUUCCGUACCUACUCAAGAUAUGCUUAUUGGGCUCUAUGUAUUAACGAGUGGGAAUCGUCGAGGUAUUUGUGCGAAUAGGUAUAAUCCAUGGAAUCGAAAAAGCUAUCAAAAUGAAAGAAUUGACGAUAAUAACUAUAAGUCUACAAGGAGCCUUUUUUGUAAUUCCUAUGAUGCGAUUGGAGCUUAUAGGCAGAAAAGAAUCAAUUUAGAUAGUCCUUUGUGGCUCCGGUGGCGACUAGAGCAAUGCGUUAUUGCUUCAAGAGAAGCUCCCAUCGAAGUUCACUAUGAAUCUUCGGGUACCUAUCAUGAGAUUUAUGGACAUUAUCUAAUAGUAAGAAGUUUAAAAAAAAAAAUUCUUUGUAUAUACAUUCGAACCACUGUUGGUCAUAUUUCUCUUUACCGAGAAAUCGAAGAAGCUAUACAAGGGUUUUUUCGGGCCUACUCAUAUGAUACCCAAUCAUAUGGUAUCUAAGCUAAAAAAUUCUAUGACACCAAUAUGAAUUCGGGUCUCUCCGGUUCAACUAGGACCCCAGUUCCUGACCCGACUUUCUACCAAAAUCAAGAUCGAGAAAAGGAAGUUUUCCAAUCAUUGACUCAAACCCAUUGGCGAAGUCCACUCAGCG